AAUAUAAGAAGAUCGCGAGAACGGUGCAAGCAUUAUUCGUCGUAAGUCGGCAUUUUAGUGCAACGAUUGUGAAACAUAUGUUGCGAGAUGCUAGUAAGAGCCUUCCUAUCUCCAGAAACAUGAAUAUUGCGUGGACCUUGACGAUUAUUGCUUGCCAAUUUUAUUUCCAACCAUGUCUCGCCGAACUCAAAUUAAUCCAGACAGUAUUCAGACAUGGAAACCGAAUGCCUACUGCAGGAGGAACGUUAUAUCCGAACGAUCCGUACGCCAACAUGACGUACGAGCCAGCAGGACAUGGCGGCCUAACGAACGUUGGUAAAAUGUCGGCGUACAAGCUUGGCCAAUACUUUCGGGAAAGGUACGACGAAUUCUUAGGAACAAUUUAUUCGAAAGAUGUCGUCUGGUUUCGCGCGGAUGAAAUAGAGAGAGUGAUAAUGUCUGCCGAACUGGUGGCAGCUGGAUUGUAUCCACCGUGCAAAGAACAAAUGUGGAAUCCAUAUUUAGAUUGGCAACCUAUACCAAUAUGGGCGCCAGCAUACUCGACUGAUUAUCUUUAUAUUGGCCUGUUUUGCGCGAAUGCAAAGAAAUGGAGAGAACACGUGGAAAAGACGGACGCGGAUGUGAUGAAUAUUAUGAAACAAAAUAGAGAGAUUUAUCGAUACCUGUCUCAACAUACAGGGGGCAACAUCACGCAACGCAACAUAUUCAGUUUGCGUCAAAUGUUGUACGCGCAGAGAGAUAUUGGCUUGGAAUUACCUAAAUGGACGAAAAAGGUUUUCCCAAAUGGAAAAUUGAACGAACUGGCCACGUUUGAUAUUUUGAUUCGAACUUGGACACCAGAAUUGAGACAGCUAUCGGGUGGAAUAUGGAUUCAGGAAUGGUUAAAAAACGUUGACAACCAUAUAAAUGGGACGGAUAAUCGAAAAGCGUUUAUGUAUGCUGCUCAUGAAUUAACUAUUGCGCCUAUACUCGUAGUAUUAGAUAACUUUGACUACGAGAUCCCUUCCUAUAGCAGCACUGUCAUAUUUGAAUUACACGAAGACGAUAAUCAAUAUUACGUCCAGGUGUUUUACAGAAACAAAGAUCAAAUAAGGACACUUCGACUACCUGGUUGCGAUGACAUGUGCCCAUUGGUCACUUUCAAAAAUAUCGUAGCACCACUGUUACCUAGAGAUGUACCAACAUUAUGUGGAAAUACGCAAGAAAGUAAAUCGGCGUUAAAACAACAAUCUAACUAUUGAAAUAAGGCUGUUUUUUAAAUGCUUAUCAAGUCAUGUGUUUGGAAAAAUGUAAUUUGAAAUCUAAUAAAUGCAUUCGCA